AGGCUUGAGGCCGCGGAGCCUGGAAGGCUAGAUGUUGCCCAGCGGAGUGCUUCGCCUAUGGCGCUAACGAAGGAUGGCAUCCCGCCGGAAUGAUGUGAUAUGAUGGAACAAAAGCUUUUCUUUUCACUUCGCGAGAGUCAUUGCUCCUCCCUUUGGUCCCAUCGUCUGUUCAUCGAACAGUGUGAGCAGCAAGCAUGUCCAGUCAAGAAGAGAAGGGCGCGGAGACGAGCACUUUGCCACCCGACGCUCCGGCGUCUGGCGCAAGCUCGAUGAUGGAUAAGGAUGUCGCGAUUAAGCUUGUGGGCGAGCAUGCGCAGGACAUUGAUCCGGAGGUUGAAGCGAGGGUGCUGGGGAAGAUUGACUGGUUUUUGAUUCCGGCGAUGAUCGUUGGUUAUGGACUGGUGUACUACGACAAAGCGAUUCUGGGCUCCGCUGUGCUCUUCGGCAUGACCAAGGAUCUCUCCUUGAGUAUUGUCGAUACAUCGACCACGCCCUCGACGACCAACACCUCACGCCUCAGCUGGGCAACCUCCAUGUUCUACUUCGGCAUGCUAGCCGGCCUUUACCCAAUGACCUUCGCCUUGCAGCGCUUCAACCUCGGCCGCAUCCUCGGCGGCGUAGUCGUCUUCUGGUCGCUCAUCUGUAUGCUGACUGCCGCCGUAACUUCAUGGCAAGGUCUAUAUGCGCAGCGCUUCUUCCUGGGCUUCGUGGAGAGCAUUAUCCCCACGGGGUUCAUGUGCAUUGUUAGCGGGUACUAUACGCAGGAGGAGCAGGCGCUGAGGCAAAGCUGGUGGUUCUCGUCAACAGGGCUGUUUACGAUUAUCGGGGCCGCGCUGAACUACGGAUUUGCGCAGAUUACGAGUGGGGAGCUGAAGAGGUGGCAGUACAUUUACAUCCUCGCAGGGUGCCUGACGUUUUUGUUUGGCAUCUGGUGCUUCUUCAUUCCGAAUUCGCCGGUUUCCGCGGGCUUUCUCACACCGAGCGAACGCGUUGUGGCUGUUGAGCGCUUAAGGAAGGGCCAGACGGGGGUGAGGUGCCAGAAGAUCAAGAUGGCGCAGCUUAAAGAAGCCUUCCUGGAUAUCAAGCUGUGGCUCGUCUUCAUCAUGAUGGGUUCGGCGUACACGGUCAACGGCGCGGUCUCCGGCUUCGGUCCCCUGAUCGUAAGCACCUUCGGCUGGUCGUCUCUCGAAUCCAUCCUCCUACAAUUCCCACUCGGCGGCAUCUGCCUCAUCGCAAUCCUUGCAUGCGGUUGGGCGUCUUCCCGCAUACCUAAUAUCCGCAUAUUCCUGCUCAUUCUGAACUGCCUGCCCGUCAUCGCCGGCUGCGCAAUGAUCUGGAAGUCCGACUGGACGUACCAUGCGCCUACGCCGGUUGCGGGGUACAGCAUCAUCGGGACGUUCGGCGCGGUGGUGAGCCUGACGAUUGUUAUUGGAAUGAGUAAUGUGGCCGGCGCGACGAAGAAGAGUUGUAUGGCGGCGGCGAUCUUCGUGGCUUAUUGUGUAGGGAAUAUUGUUGGGCCGCAGUUGAUUAAGAGUCAGACGAAGAAGCAGCAUUAUCCUGAGCUGUGGACGGGGUUGAUUAUAUGUUAUUGCGUCACCAUCGCGGCUUCCGCUACUCUGUAUAUCGUACUUUGGAGAGAGAAUAAGAGGAGGGAAGCGCACCCCGUGAAUGAGGAGGAGAGGGAUAGGCUGGCUUUCAUGGACCUGACAGACAAGGAGAACCCAUACUUCCGGUACGUUUUGUAGGAAGCAAGCGGUGGAGUCGCCGGCUUUUACAGUGUAGCAAUCAAAGCAAAUCGUACUCCGCACCUUGCUUCGCAGUGAGGCCAGCAGAAUGAGCGGCCUAGUGCAGUUGAGGCGUCCCGUCGGCACACGGCACGAUUCGUCCCUCCCCGAAAGUGGCGUCGUAACCACCAAGAUGCUUGCGUGUCUGCAGGGAUGCAAAAGUGCCUUGGCGCCUGUUAGGAGAGGGGGGAAAACGGAGUUCUGAAGAGCCUGAGGACUUGCUGAGCCAGGAAAGCAGUGGACAGAAAUGAGUGUACAUGAGAAAGUUAAGGCAUUUGAUACCACAAAGUACC